AUGGGGAAAACCCUCAUGGAUGGCAAGUCUAAGAACGAACGUCCCACCAAGUCAGAGAGCUUUGACAGUUUCCGCGAAAUUAAAAUGCUCACUACGAGUGGCGGCAACGCCAACAACGGUCAGAGAAGAAACGGCGAGGCACGACAACAGCGUAAUCCAGCAGACGCGUUGGGCACACGAUCUUCGGUAGCCCAACGAUUAGGCCACUUUCCAGGGCCUGGAAGUAUAGGCGAAGAGGAUGAAGAGGAGAGCGCAAGUCCCCAGAGCGACUCAAGGCUAUUUCAAUCCAAUCAGCGUUUUACCCCUUCAGCUCCACCUCGAACCCGCAUCCUUGACACCCCCGAGUCAAUCCAUCUCACCUCGAAGUCUGGACAGCAUCCAACCUACCAGAAGUCGUAUGACUCGCCAGGUAAGAAGGCACUUGCCUCGCAAGACCAUCGAAGACAACAAUCACCAACAAAGCAAUCCUUUCCCCACAAAUCACCGAAUUCAUCACCUGAAAAAGGACCCAGCUUUCCUAAAGAUGGAGAAAACUACAGGGGCGAGGUGCAUGUGUCGAAUGAGGAGACCGAGAAGAUGGAUUGGUUCACCUCACUUCUAACCGUCCUUUCCAUGAUCAUCGUCGUAAUGACCUUCCCCUUCUCCAUGAUCUUCUGCCUGAAGAUCGUCGCCGAGUACGAAAGAGCAGUCAUUUUGAGAAUGGGACGCCUGUUGCCGGGCGGUCAGGGAACUCGCGGUCCCGGCUUGUUCUUCGUGCUCCCCUGUAUAGACAGUGUGCGGACCGUCGAACUCCGUACGGUCACCUUCUCAAUUCCACCCCAGGAGGUGCUCACGAGGGACUCGGUGACCGUGGCUGUGGACGCUGUUGUCUACUACAGAAUAUGCAACCCGGCCUUGUCCAUCCUCAACGUGGAGGACGCGGCGAGAUCAACUCGACUGCUUGCACAGACUACCCUUAGGAAUGUGUUGGGUACAAAGGAUCUUGCUCAAAUUCUCAUGGAUAGGGAGGAGAUGUCGGCUACCAUGCAAGCGACUAUUGACGCCGCUACCGAGGCAUGGGGUGUAAAGGUGAGUUUUGUUAACUGA